AUGGCAGAAGACAUAGCCAAAGCCGCAGCUGAAGUGGGCAAUAAGGCAGUUAUGGACCUCUCCCUUACUGCAGGGGCUUUUUCGUUAUCACUGAAGAUUGAUAACGUGUGGCUAGCAGGAGCUGUAAGCGUGGGUGCGUUAUCACUUGGGGCAUUUUAUCUGGCCUGCAAGGGGCCCUCUGAAAGUGCUAUCAGAAGAGCUUUGGAGAGAAAAUUCUUGGGUGUUGUGGAUCCUAAAGUCACGAACAUCGUAGACGGGCACUCUAUUCUGAUUGAGUUGCUUUGUAGCACAGAAACAAGCUUUCUAGUGUUUUUGGAAGAUUUUGAAACGAAGAGGAUUAAGUUUCGGUUGGAGGAAGAGUUUAAAAAAAUCGGCUUUUCGACAGAGCUGGAUGUCACACUCAGAAACGCGGAGAAAGUAUAUCAGCAAGUUAUCCAAAUAAGAAACAGGUACGGGAAACUAGUCUAGUUUAUUUGUUUGUUUGUUUGUUUUUUUGCAGUAUUCAGUUUCUUACCGUAAAUCUACUAUUAAGCUCUCCGGGGGACUUAUUUGUUUCAAACAGGGGGGCCUAAGAGAAACGGGGGACUUAUUUGAGAGGGGGGCUGGGGGUAUUUAGCUUAGCAAAGACGAUAGUAUCGGUUCUCCAUGAAAAAAUAGAAUGCAAUUUGGAAAAGCUCAAGGGUAACGCUUAGAGGUCAUGCAACUGAGGAUCAAAAACAAGUCUGUAUUUCCAGCUUGUUGAAUAAACCAUCCUGGAUCAGUCCACACGAAGUUUUACAGUCGUAAUUGAUCGAUACAAUAUAUCAUUUAUUAGUGAAUAACGGAAUGAUAAUGAUGAUGAUGAUGAUGAUGAUGAUGAUGAUGAUGAUGAUGGUAAUGGCGAAAUAUCUACAACAAGUCCCGCGUAAUAUCAAAAUACAUGAACUACAGAAGAUCACACUACUUGGAACAUCUCACAUCCUCAAAAAGACACUGUCCAUCAAAUAGACUUCCACCAGGAGCCGAUCAGUAAUUGGUUCCUGCUUCUUCUGUCUCAUUCUAAAGGCUGGUUUUCACUAGCGACGGAGUCGAAGUCGGAGUCGUAAUCAGAAGCGUAGAGCUUAUGAUCGAUCUAGUGAAAACAGAUCCGAUUCCUCUUAUAAGACUCUGUCGCUUACCUUACGCUUAUGAUCUAGUGAAAACCAGAUUGUAGGAGUCGGAAGCAGAAGCAAAAGAACCAAAAAAACAACAAAGCGCGGGAACGUGAAUUGUGAUUGGUUUAUCCUUCCCCUCCUGCUUCCGACUCCGACAAUCUGGUCUUCACUAGAUCAUAAGCGGAACGUAAGCGACGGAGUCGUAAGCGGAGUCGGAAGAAAUGGAAACGUUCUGAUUCUUCUGACUCUGAUUGCGUCGCGCUUAUGAUUCCGCUUACGACUCCGAUUUGUGAUUUUCACUUGGUCAUAAGCGCUCUUACGACUCCGCUUACGACUCCGACUCCGUCGCUAGUGAAAAUCAGCCUUAACCCUUUAGUUUGGCGGUAAUUAUCGUACUUUGGAUGCGCGCGCAAAUGGGACGUUUUUUUAAUACCAGUAUAUUUUUUUUAAUUACAGUCAAAAUAAGUUACUUUGGGUUGACGAAAUUUACAAGACAUACACUUUUUUAACAAGCAAUAUUUCUAUAAGACUAAAUACAACUGAUGUUGCCAAGGUAAAGUAACUAACGAAAACUAAUAAUAUUACCGGUAUGAUUAAUUAUUGCACAUACCCACACUAACUUUAAAAGGAAAACAAUCACGACAGGUAAAGCAUUUGACAUUUAAUCUUUAACCUACAGAGCGCUGCUUUCGUUUCACUUGCACAGAAUAAUACAUUUGUUGCUUCCAUUUUCGCAGGAAAAAGUGCUCUAAACUGAUGCUAAAAAAUUAAAAAUAACUUGAUCUGUGAAAACGCCGUUGCAUAGGCUAAGUAUGGGACAAGCACGCUCCGGGUUAUCAUUAUCACGCCCUCCUAAUUUGUUUGUUUGUUUGCUUUUUUUGGUUUCCAUUCUGUCAUACUUAAUAACAAAAUGGAUCUAGAGAGCUAGACAAUGUAAAGGAAUCACUAAAGCGAGAAAUGGCCAUUUCCAAAGGCCUUCGAGGAACAAUUGGAAAGUUGCAAGAAGAAAAUAGGAGACUGGGUGAGAGUGCCCAGCAAGGAAAAGUCGAUGGGACAGAAAUAAAGGAUAAAACGCGGGCUGGAAAGGAGGAGAUGAAAAUUUUGCAAAGGGAUAUCCGGGAACUUCGUGAAAAGGUCCACGAGUUGGAGAAGGAAAACGAAAUGUUGCAGCAGAAGUUGAAGAAGAAGGACAGGGAACUUGAACGCUUUCAAGCCUUAGAAACAGAUGAAAAAAGUAAUAAUAUAAUACCUGUAUUGUUUGCUUUCAUUUUUCAUAUAUCGUGGUCAAAAAACUAAAAUUACUCGAAGAGAAUUCUAACCUGCUAACAAAUGUUGUUUCCCACUGCCGCAGAGUGCCGGCGACUUCUACGUUGGCAAAACUAAUAAAAAAUAGCCCCCGAAGUUUAUUAAUGAACGGCAACAGCAACAGUUACUCAAACAAAGAGGUCAACACGAAUGACUGACUACUGACGCACGUUGUUUUAAUACGAACACUAGAUAUUGACAUUCAACAACCUCGUCCAAGGGCCUCUUCGGGUACAUCUCUAGGGUUGAGCUCUGGGUAUCAGUCGGAAGAAGAUCCCGAAGAGAACUGUAAGUUUUCGAAUCUUUCUUUUGGUUUUGUUUCUCUCUUCUGUUAUAACUUGUGUCUUAUUAUCUGUAGAGUAGUACUUUGUAUUCUUCGCUUUUUUAACAUUGCACCCUUAUUAGUAAUUAUACGUUUUUGGAGACUAGGAUAAAAUGAUGUUCGAGUUAAAAAACUUUGGAAAAAAUGAGUUAUUGUAUUUUACCUGCUACUCGAAUAAAUUUGUCUCAAGCGAUCGAAUACGAAAAAUGAGAACUUAAUAUUCGCGCAGAUAAUUCAUAACGAUUUCAAAUCGCGUUCUGAGACUAAGUAACUACAGCGUUUCACUGGGAGCGUGUAACUGAGUAAGGGGUAAUGGACGGAACUUACAGUUAAUGAAUCUUUGAAUUAUUUGGUGCAUUUAUAUCUCGUCAGUAUCAUCAUCAUCAUCAUUACCGUUACCAUUGUCAUUGUCAUUCUCAUUUUUUGCAUCGCAGCCUUAGAGAUUAUCCAGAUGCCUCGAUCCCAAGCCGUUCAGGAAGGAAGGAAGUUGGUGUUAAGUUGCAGGACGCGAAGCUUACCUGAUGUCUCAUACCGCUGGAUUAAAGAUGAUAUCGAAAUCCCUGGGGCAAAUCGUUCGGACCUGGUGUUGGAGCCGGUGCGCAUGCACGACUUUGGCCGCUAUUUUUGUCGAGUGUGGGAUAAGAGCGGAUCGUUGACUUCGGAACCCGCGGAUGUCGAUGUUUUCCCAUCUCCCCAUAUGAGUAAGUACGGUCAGUGGUGGAUCCAGGGAAGGGCCCCGGGGGGCUUGCCACCCCCCCACCCUUUAUUUCUAGACCAAAAUGAGUCCAGAAGGGCGGAAAAAUUUUUUGGGGGGACCAGGUCCCCUCCCCCCCACUCCGCCACUUAUCUCGCCGUGUCUUUAAGAAAAUGCAUUUUGUUUAAAUGAUGAUUAUUUCUUAAUUUAAUCUGCUAUUAACCUGAUUUCCCGGCGCUUCAUUAGGAUUCAGAGGAUUACACGAACUCGAUGCUGACGCUAAACAAGCAGUAAUUGACUUGCUAAGCAAAAAAAGCCUCCCUAGGCUACCCACCUGGAAGCAGAUAGCAAGAAGAUAUGCUAUGAGGGAAACGGAAAUCUCCUCUUUGGAGAAAGAGAAAAUCCCCGCAAGAGCCAUGCUUGAAAAGCUGACAUCUCUGGCACCUAAUCUGACCGUUUACUAUGUUUGCAAGACGUUCAAAGAAGCAGGUCUCAGGCGGCUGGAUCUCGUGGAUGUUCUCUCACAAAGGAUGGCGAUAGCCGUAAAUUAA